GUACUGCCGGGUGAACGUGCCGGACGAGCUGCUGCGGGACCUGCUGCCGGGCCCAGUGACGCUGGUGUUGGAGCGGUCAGAAGAGCUGAACAAGGACUUGAACCCUUUCACGUCGCUGGUCGGUGUUCGUAUUCCAAACCAUCCUUUUAUUAGGGAGCUGGCACGAGCUUGCUCUGGACCACUGGCUUUGACGAGCGCUAACAUCAGCUGCCAGCCGAGCACGCUGACAGUUUCGGAAUUCCAGGACCUGUGGCCUCAGUUGUCCUUAAUCAUUGAUGGAGGCCCCAUAGGAGAUGUCCAGAGCCCGGAGUGUCGUUUGGGAUCAACUGUGGUUGAUUUGUCUGUGCCAGGGAAAUUCACCAUCAUUCGUCCUGGCUGUGCUCUGACAUCUACAGUGGAAAUCUUGAGGCAGAAGUACGGCUUGAUACCGCAGUCAUCUGAAGACUUGAAGCCGUGA